AUGGGCAACCCCAUACUUGUCAACGUCGUCAACCUCGCAGCAUACACACCGACUGAGACGACCGAGCUCGUCUCUCGUACUGGCGUACAGAAGGGAAACAUGCGUCCUGAUAAAGUUUUCCUAUCCGCGGUCUCUGCCGGCUGCCUGCUGAGCUUUGGGUGCGCCGUGUCGCUCACUGCCCUCACAGCGCCAUGGUACCAGGAGAAUGCUCCUGGAUUGAUCAAGAUUAUAGGAGCCCUAGUCUUCCCUCUGGGUCUAGUGAUGGUCGUAUUAACAGGCGCUGACCUGUUCACUGCCACGACCAUGUACACUUUGGUGGCUGUACUCCACAGACGGUUGCCGGUCCGGAAGAUGCUCCUCCACUGGGUCUUGUGCUUCUGGGGAAAUCUUGCUGGCUCUCUUUUUAUGGUGGCAAUCAUCUUCGGAUAUGGAGGGAUCUUUAAUGCGUCCCCUUAUAGAGAGGAGGUGGUUACGUUAGCUACGAAGAAGCAAAUGGACCCUCGAAUGUAUCAGAUUUUCCUGCGGGGAAUAGGCUGCAACUGGCUUGUCUGUCUCGCCUGUUUCCUAGCCAUACAAGCCAAGGAUCUCAGUUCAAAGGUCAUGGGCAUAUGGUGGCCCAUCACCGCCUUCGUGGCUCUGGGACUCGAUCACGUUGUGGCUAAUAUGUUCAUUAUUCCUCUGGGAAUUUGGCUACAUACGCCUAGUCUGACUAUCGGCCUAUACAUCUGGAAAGGCAAGUUUCCCGUCGCCCUGGUGAUCAGUUAA